AUGGAAGUCGCCGGAGAAGUUGGACGUGUUCAGAACAAUGUUGAAAACUUUGAGCCGUACAUACAGUUCACCAAAUAUGUGAGCGAAGGUGAUUGGGAUAAGGCAAAAGAGUGCCUUAAACUCAAGCAACUAGAUCUCCACAGCGCUGUGCGAGCAAUAGAUCCAAGAGACGAGUUUGGAGACACAGCCAUUCACGUAGCAGCCAGGAGCGGGUACGUGCAUAUUGUGAAGGAGUUGAUGCUGUUGUUAACCCGAGAAGAUUUGAAAAUGAAAAAUGCACAAGGUUCCACGGCUCUUCAUUUAGCAGCACUCAAUGGGCGACUGGAAACUGUGGAGCAGUUGCUAAUAUUGAUGGGAGAAGAAAUAGACAACGAUGGUGACACAGCUCUUCACUGUGCUGUCUAUAAGGAGAAGGUGGACGUCGUGAAAGAGUUGGUGAUGUAUAUGAGACCAAAACACUUGAAAAUAAAAAACAACGAUGGUUACACAGCUCUUCACCUAGCAGUCAAAAAGAGAAAUGAGCUUAUGGUUAAAGAUUUAGGGGCGGCGAUGGGAGAAGUGAGAGGCCCUGAUGGCGACACCGCUCUUCAUGUAGCAACCAAGAUGGGCGCUGCAGGAAUUGUGAAAGAGUUGGUGAUGUUGAUGACAGCGGAAGGUCUGGCAAUCAAAAAUAAUGAAGGUUACACAGCUCUUCACCUGGCAAUGAACAAUGGUAAUGUACCGAUUGUCAAAGUGUUCAUGACAAAAGAUAAAGAGCGCGACUUUAGUAGCUAUAUUCAGUUCACCGAUUAUGUAAUAAAGGGUGAAUGGGAUAAUGCAAAGGAAUGCCUUGCAAAACUAGAAGAUAUCAAUCCUUGUGACGCAAUAACGGUAGUCGAUCCAAGAGACGGACGAGGAGACACUGCUCUUCAUGUUGCAGCUAAAGAAGGGCAUGUGCAGAUUGUGAAGGAGUUGAUAUCGUUGCUGAAAGUCAGACAAGAAAGUUUAGAACUGAAAACAGUAGAAGAUAUCGCAGCUUGUGGUUCUGGUAUUAAUUUAGGGGUCAGUGAAGAAGUUGUCACGGAAAAGGCUAAAUACUUGGUUGAACAGUACGAGAAACUGCUUAUCAGUAUUUUGGAGAUACAAAAUACAAACGGUUCCACGCCCCUUCAAGCAGCAGCAAAGAAGGGGAACGGAGAUAUUGUGAAAGAGUUGGUGCCAUUAAUGGGAAAAGAAGGUUUAGAAUUACAAGAUUCUGAAGGACACACAGCUCUUCUUAGUGCAGUCGGGAGUGGUUAUAUUGACAUUGUGAAAAUAUUGCUGCCGAUGAUGAGACAAGAAGGUUUGGAAUUAAAAACAGUCAAAGAGGGUUACAACGCACUUCACCUUGCAAUCAUGAACGACCAUAUGGAUAUUGCGAAAGAGGUGAUGCCAUUGAUGAGAACAGAAGCUUUGGAAGAGAAAGACGGUGCAGGUUAUACAGCUUUAGGUUGUGCGUUAGAUGUGAGAAAGGAUGAAGACGUGAUGGAAAUAGCCAAGUACAUGGCUAAAAACAACAAUAAGGUAUUUGGUAUCCCAGUGCCUUCUUCUAACUGGAUUCCAGUUAUCAGGUCUCUCGACAAAAGCAAAUGGGAUUUGUGUCGCUCUCUCUAUCCUCUUACUCCACUUGAAUAUCUAAUGCCUAUGCACGGGCACCAUGGCGCACACUUGAUUUGCGACUGGUUAAGAGCGAAGGAGUUUGAUUUGGCUUUGGAUUUGCUUCGGCGUUACCCUAAAUUGUGCAUCAGUGAAGGCGCCUCUGGAUACUUCCCUAUAAUGGAUUUGGCUGGCAACCAGGCUGAAUUCUUAAGUGGAACAGAACUUGGAGUUUGGCAAAAAUUGAUCUAUAAUCGAUUGCGCAUAGAACAUGUUGAUUUGAAUACUCUUGAUACUUAUAUCACUGUUUCGAAAGAAGAGGCUAAUCAAGACAAUCAAAUGAAUCUCAUUCGCUCAGUUACAACUUUAUACAGGGCACUUGUGUGCAGUCUCCUUAAACUUUUAGGUGUCAACAAGUUACGCAAAAUGAAGUGGAUGCAUACUCGAAGCGUUGAUGCUUUACGUUGCAUAAGUGAAAUGCUAAAAAAUGAGAAUCUUACAUCAAAAGAACUCGACAUUGUAAAAGCAUCACUUUUCAAAGCUGUAGAACACGGGCAUGUUGAGUUCGUUACUUAUAUAUGUGAAGCAAGUCCAUCAUUCGCAAACUUAGAUCAAGAAUACAAGAACAUAUUUCACUUUGCGGUGGAGUGUCGUCAACACAAAGUUUAUAGUCUUCUAUACAGACUUGAUAAAGAGGACCAAAAUUACUUUGGAGAACGUGUAACAAAGUAUCCGGAGAAUAUGUUACAUUUGGCGGGAAACUUAUCUCCACUCUCAAGGUUUAAUCGUAUUCGCGGUGCAGCUUUGCAAAUGCAACGAGAGCUACAAUGGUUUGAGGAGGUUGAAGAGAUUGUACCUUCGAGGAAUCAUGAACUUUUAAAUUCAGAUGGUAAGACACCACGUGAACUUUUUACCACGAAUCAUGAGAAGCUAAAAGAAGAUGCUGAACAGUCGAUGAAAGGAACAGCAACAUCUUGUACAGUUGUAGGCGCCCUCAUCGUUACCAUUAUGUUUGCCGCAGCAUUUACAGUUCCUGGUGGAACCAAUAAUAGUACUGGUGCUCCGAUGUUUCUAGCUAAGAAAUUGUUUCUGGUGUUCAUAAUUUCAGAUACCUUAUCUCUCGUAUCUUCCACAACUUCAGUCAUAUUAUUUUUAGGAAUCCUCACGUCACGUUACGCCGAAGAUGACUUUCUGAAGAUCUUGCCAGUAAAGAUGAUGAUAGGCCUUCUAACUCUUUUUAUCUCUAUUGCCACCAUGAUGAUUUCCUUUUGUUCUGCCCUCAUAAUUAUGCUUAAAGAAGAUUACUCAUGGGCUAUCAUUCCUAGCAUUUUUGCUGCCAGUAUUCCAGUUGUGUCAUUUAUCUGGUUGCAAGUUCCCCUCCUUAUUGAGAUAUUUUGGUCCACUUAUGGACCAGGAAUAUUUGACAAGAAAGGUUUGAAAGGCGAACCAUGGAUUAAAGUCAUUAAAUCCUGAUGGGCGUGUGGUACAUCCUUGUUAUGAGUACGAGUUUUGUAAACAAAAUAACUCUUAAUAAGAGGCUUUUAAUGUUUGUAAUCUUGAUUGUGGUUCCUACAUACAUUUUUCUCAGCUUGUAAUCAUUUAAUUUCUUUUGCAUUCUGUGUGCCAAUAAAAAUACCGAUGUAAAAUUGUUAUCCUAAUGUGAGCGUACCAGCAGAAAGUAUGCAAGAACGGUUUUUGUAGUGUUGUGGGUUAAGGGUGUG